AUGGAGGGUCACUCCGAGAAGGACGUGGGUCCACCCCGCACAAAUGACCCCGAAUUUGACGAAAUAAAUUCGGCAUUGACAGCUGAAGAGAAGAGGCUUGAGCGAGUGUUGAUUCGGAAGAUUGAUUUACAUAUCCUUCCGUUUGUCGUGUUACUGUACCUGUUCAGCUUUCUCGACCGAGUGAACAUUGGUAAUGCCCGCUUGUAUGGUCUCGAGGAAGACCUGGGCCUAGUCGGCGACCAAUACCAAAUUGCUGUUUCCAUUCUCUUUGUGACAUAUUGUUUCUUCGAAGUACCAUCAAAUCUGGUGAUCAAAAAAUUGAAACCAUCUCGGUACCUCGCAACCAUUUCUGUAUUGUGGGGCAUCAUCGCCACCCUCACAGGAAUCACCCAGAGCUAUGGCGGCCUUCUUGCAUGCCGUGUAUUGCUCGGAAUCGUGGAAGCAGGACUCUUCCCAGGAUUCUUAACCUACCUCACCAUCUUCUACAACAAACGUGAGAUCGCCCUGCGAACUGGCUAUCUGUUCAGCAGUGCCGCUGUCGCCGGUGCCUUUGGCGGCCUCCUGGCCUACGGCAUAGGAUUCAUGGACGGUAUCUGUGGGCUGCGCGGAUGGCGCUGGAUCAUGAUCAUCGAAGGAAUACCGACUGUGAUACUCGGCAUAGUCACAUGGUUUUUCCUAGCAGACGACCCGGAUACAGCAUACUAUCUCAACAAAGAAGAGCGGGUGCUUGUGGUGCGCCUCCGCAGCCGAUACGUUGGUCAAACGGAAUCUGCACAGAAAUUCCACUGGGCCGAUGUGAAGGAGGGUGCGCUCGAUUGGAAGAUCUAUGCUUUUUGCAUUGGACAAUUUGGUGUUGAUACUAUGCUGUACGGGUAUAGCACUUUCCUACCUACUAUCAUCGAGGGGAUGGGCGAUUGGUCUGUUCCACAGGUCCAGGCGCUGACGAUCCCUUGCUACGGGCUGGGCGCUAUUGCUUAUCUUUCUGUGGCUUGGUUGAGCGAUAGAACACAGCACCGUGCGUUUUUUACCUGCCUUUUCAGUGCAAUCUCCGUGAUCGGAUAUGGGAUUCUUAUUACGAACUCAUCUUCUGGUGUUCAUUAUUUCGGUGCUUUGAUGGUUGCAUUGGGUCUGUAUGUCGCGGUUGGGCUACCGCUUGCCUGGCUACCUACUAAUUUGCCUCGAUAUGGUAAGCGCACUUUUGCCACGGGCUUGCAGCUCACUUUUGGUAACAUCAGUGGUGUCAUGUCGCCAUUUUUGUACAAGAACUCCGAGGGGCCACGAUUUGUUAGAGGAAAUGCUGUUACGCUGGCUCUGGUAGGCUUCGCGGGCAUUUUAUAUAGUGUUAUGUGGGGUUGCCUUCGUCUCAUCAAUAAGCGCCGUGCAAAGGGAUUCGAGGAUGAAAAAGUCGCUGGCCUGUCGGAGGAGGAAAUUGAGGAGCUCGGAGACCGAAACCCUCGGUUCCACUACAGCACUUGA